CGGCAAUUCCCACUCCUUUUUCUCCCUGGCGUCAAUAGGUACAAUGGCAAGUGACCCAUUCAGCUCAUUUGUAUCCGGCUCGGUAAAAUGGCCGCUGUGUGGCUUCUAUUUCACACAACUUGAAGUUAAAGGCGUUGCGAGCCAGAUUUGUUAUAAAUAUACGUCUGUGCUACACUGCCGAUUGUACACAAUGUGGUCUCAAAUUACAUUCACUCUUUUACUCUUUCGUGCUGCAGCCUGUUCGUUUUAAUGAAGCAACUGCGUUCUUGACAUGGCCAAGAUUAAGUAAAAAGAGGAUUUUCUACAAUCGAAAUAUAGCUUCAUAGAAUUCUUCAACCGUUUUUUUUUUCAACUUGAAUUCUUCAACUGUACGUGAAUACCCUUUACCGAGGGAUGAAUUUAGGCCGUUUUCCAAUACUCAACUUCGGCUCCGUACCGUCUCAGGCUUCAACUGUUUUUUUACUAGCUGACUUUGAAGCUGUAAGCGCAGUAAUCAGUCUAAUAGUCUAAUAGUGCCACAGAACAUCAAAUAAGUUGCAACUGAAGAAAGCCACAAGCUACAGUAAUCCAAUGUAAUCUAAACGCUUCAGGCCCACAGUCGGGGAUUGGUUUUUGGAACGAAGCCUAAGACGGAGAAGAAGUUGAGUAUUGGAAAACGGCCUUAUACAGUAGUUUUGAGUUCAGUCGGGCGCCGCGAAGAUCACGAAAUGUUGACGUAGUUUUAGAUGCAGUCUGAAAGGUCAGUGUACUACUAAGUCUGUGAUUCGAACAGCAGGUAACCCGCACUGCCUUGCUCGUCAGUAGCAUUAUUGGCCCUUCCUAGUGCUCGUAGGGGGCAGAGGGGACAGGCGAACAGCCCCUAGAGACCAAGGACUGGAUGCACCAAUUUUAACUCCCGUGCUAUAUUAGUAUAUAUUCGCUAUGAGCAAGUCCAAAAGGCUAUGCAUAAUCAUAGAGCUAUGUAAUUAAAACGCUUUCUAUGGCAGGUUAGAAAUCACAAUACAAGGUGUGAGUACGCAGAACAAUUAUCAUGUACGUGUACAUGUACAGUACAACUUCUUGGCAUAUUGGUUGGCAAUAGCUAUGGUAACCUGUGCAAGCUCUUUUGGGGUUUACGACUUAUCAGUAGUUUUUUUAUUGUUCCUAUCUCGGUGGGAAAACUAAUACACAGAGGUAAAAAAUAAUCAAAAGGAACAGUGUGAGUAAAAUACUCGUGAUCUUAACCGGAAUGAUUUCUUUACGCAUAUGUCCUUUAUGGCCUUAUUUUCCCGAGAACUGAAGCUAAAUUUGGGGAUUCACACGCUUUGAGGGGAGGGAAUGGUCGCUAUUACACUGUUGACCUUAUCUCACAUUUAUUCAUCAAAAAAAGAAAAAUGUCACGCCCUACCGCCCUGCCGGGGCGAUGCACAACACAAGGACGCGUGUUUCUAUUGGUUCCUUCCUGAUACGUGUAAGCAAACGCGUGUGUCAGUGUUCCGUCGUUGCAGUAGGUCACUGGCUAUGGGGAACGAAAGGCGUGCGCCGUCACCGGGUGCGUACAUAACUUGGCUGUAUUGUGAACGUACGUGGCGUUGGGCCCGAGCUACAACCUUGCAUUGCAAAAUGCUGUCGAAACACUGGUCUGUUAUUUCUCUUCUUUUCAAUAUUGUUGCUGUUGUAGUACUGAUUUACACUUUCAAUGAUGGUCGACCGUUUCCCUUCAGCGAAAACAGUCUAAUCUUUAAUGAGUGCCGAUCGUCAGCGAACAUCCAAGGGACUACAGGCAGAAUUUACGGGCUCAAACAAGUCAGGACUUUCAACGGGAAAAGGGCACUAUCGUCAGCGAAUUCCUGUAAGCCGUUCAGCACCAAACCAGGCCGAAAAUGCGAUCGGUGGAUUGUGGUGACGACAAUUUACCCAGAAACACCAAUUCUCCAUAAAAUCAGCUCGCUUUCUGGAUGGUGCAUGGUUGUCGUGGCUGACAAGAAGGGGCCGGUAUCCAUGAACAUUAAUAAUGUGGAUUAUCUAGAUGUUGUCCAGCAGGAAAGUUGCGGCUACCAUAUAUGCCGACUACUGCCGUGGAAUCACUUCGGUCGGAAGAAUAUCGGUUAUUUAUACGCCAUCGAACAUGGUGCCAAGAUGAUCUAUGACACGGACGACGACAACGAGCCUCUCCUCAAUGUGGUACCGGCAUUUGACAACGUUGGUUAUUCCCAUCACGUGAAGAUACAGAGCCAUCUCUGGAACCCGUACCCUCGGUUUGGCACCAACACCAAAAUAUGGCCCAGGGGCUUUCCUCUUGGUCACAUAACAGAUGCCACCACCAAGAAGGAAACUGUGUAUGGCAAGGCAACGGGAAACCAAGUGGGGGUGGUUCAGUACUUGGCACAACACGACCCCGACGUGGACGCCAUUUACCGUCUGACGAAUGAGCUCCCGUAUGAAUUCAACCCCUCGGCUCGACGAUACGUGGUACCCGAGCAGGUCCUUUCCCCGUACAACGCUCAGACUACUUUGCACGCCUACGACGCUUUCUGGGGUAUGCUGCUGCCGGUCACCGUCCACGGACGGGUGUCCGAUAUCUGGCGGAGCUACUUCACCCAGCGACUGAUGUGGGACAUCGGUAAACGACUGGCAUUCCACUCUCCGUUCGUGGUGCAGAAGCGUAACCCCCACAACUACAUGGCCGACUUCGACAGUGAGAUGGACCUAUAUUACAAAGCCGAAAACCUGGUGGAAUUCUUACUCCGAUUCACAACAGAAUCCCCCACAACCCUGCCACAGAAAUUGUUAGACCUGGCGAUCAAACUAUACGAGUAUGAGUUCAUUGGAGCAGGUGAUGUAUCUCUGACAGAAGCCUGGAUUCAGGACCUCCAGUGUCUUGGCUACACAUUCCCUGCCCUAACUAAAACGUCGAACUAGUUAGCAUACAUUAUAAGACAUCAUCAACCACCUGUCUUUCCCAUUUAGCUAUGCCUGUCCACCUGUCCUGUAGAGGUAAAACAUUUUGUAUUCACAGGCAGUUUUUCGUGCUCAAAAUGUACAGCCCCCCCUCCACUUGAACUUUACAUUUCAAUCCAAAUUAGUGGGCUGGAUGCGAAUCUGGGCUAAGAUAGCUUUACACCCGUUUCAAACAUUCAGCACAGUGCGCAGGCUGGGCAGACAGGCGGUUCAAAUCUUUCUCGAUAGGGACAAGGUAUAUUUUUCAAUAGACAUUUAUGCAUAUGACGUCACGUUAGAGGGCAUUUCUCUUUUCCUCUAGGAUAGGCUUAAGUAAACCCUUUGUGUGUUCAUUGCAAUAAAACUAAAAAUAACAAAGAAUAGCUUCUGACUCCGCCUUAACCCAUAAGGUCUAUUCCAGAUGGAACCCUGACCCACUAUUUUUUCUUGGCGGCGAGUAUAUGAACUUGUAUGUAUUCUUGACGAUGUGAUUGGUUGAAAUUAAUUUUAAAACUGCAGUGCCUUCAGAUUGAGGAUUGUAUAGCUUUGUCUUAGAAGCUUUGAUUGUAGUCCAAUAUUUAAGGCUGGUAUUUUAAUUUCAGGGUUUUUCAGAUGAUGUUGAAAUUUGUGCCCGAAAAGAUAUUUCACAUUUGCCUAAUGGAAAGAAAAUUUUAUGAGAUGGCACAUGCAAUUUAACAUUCUUUGAUGUGAACACAUGAAAUUAUUGUACGCGUACGCAUAAACAUUCAUGUUGUUUAAUGGCAGAUAUCAGACGGACAGAUAAGUGAACAUUUUCACCAUUUCACUUUUGUUUUUAAGUUUGAAAAUGCUUUCGGGUACUCUGCCUCAUUUCAUAUUAAACAGAAACAUUCCAUGUUAAAAUGAACAAAAUUCCUUGCAGUUAACCAUGUUUUUUAAUAUUUUCAUGGCAAGGCAAAAGUAAUGAAAACCAGCUUUAGAAAAGGGCUCAUUCUGCAGGCGGUUUAUGGGUUUAAUUAUACCUCCAAAGCAGGCCAAUUGCAGAGAGAAAGUGCUUACGUUCACAAACAGGUGUUCAAAUUAAUUUUGUGCAAAUGCUUUUAGUUUCGUUCAUAUACUGGGGUUUCAUUUUCACAAAUGUUGCAUUCACUUUUGUUUUCGUAGACACAAGUGUUUCCGUUAUAUUUCAUUUAUAGUCAUUCAGUACUCCACUUUCAUCAAUAGUAAGUUUCACUUUUGCUGACAUUCAGGAAUUAGUGCAAUAUGUCGGGUUCACCGAAGCGCAAAGAAUGUUUCAUUUCUGUGGCGUUUUGUUUAUACUAAAUGUAUCUCAUAUUUGUAACUUUACGUGUGAUAUGAAUUAUCUUAGAAGACGUUGCCAGUGACGUAACUAAAAGGGGCACGUGACUCCAUCGAGGGCCUGUGCCCCCCUCCCCUGAACACAACCUAUGUACAUGUACAUAUACAAGUUGUUGUUCAUCAGCUUUCGGUGCCCCCUUCAUAAUCGGGCCGCGGCCGCUGCUUAUGGGUAGACUUGGCACGCGGGUCCUUGUGACCUCGAACGCGCUUGAUUUGGGGCAUGAGUUGUUGAAAUGUCGAACUGGCUCGUUCCUAGGUUUCAGUGUACUGUUAUUUUGUACGUACUAUCUGGAAUGGAAUUUAAAAUGAAAUCUACGCAGCACAUUUGCUUAUGAAUGAACACAGCUACUCUUUAUUUUUGUCUACAAUUAUUCGGACAUUUUCAAAUAACAAGCUGGCAGAGGUUGGUGUAAAAAAUAGUCAUCAUCGGCUUAA